GUUCCCAGGUAGGUGCCGUGUGUGUGUGUUCAUGUCCGUGUGGCGCGUAAACAUCGCCACUGGGGAGACAAAGGCGGCCGGGCGUGCUGCUGGUCGCUCACCUCCUCGUGCGCCGUGCCGCCCUUCAUAGCCACCCUCCUCCCCAACCAGCAAACGACCCCCCCCCCCCCGCCCACUGUAACCCCUCGACUGGGCAACCAGAAGGAAGAGAUGGCCGCCCGGCUACCGGACGUGACGGAGCAGGCGAUGGCGAGGGACGAGGGCGCGGGGCGGUCUGGGAGGAGGAAAGACCUCGGCGGGUUCGCCGACUCGGCCGAGAGCGCCACCGCCGCCUCUGCCACCCCGGUGUACUUCCUGCUGCACAGCCCCGUGGCGCUGGCGCUGGGCGUGGUGCAGCUCGUGCUCGCCUGUGCCGUGCUCGCGCUCGGCUUCGUCGACAUGGCCAUGCGGCGGCAGACGGCGCUCGUGCAGACACGCAUCCCCAUCGUGGCCGGCGCGCUGCUGGCCGUGCCCGGAGUCCUCGCGCUCUCCGCGGGCUUCAACAAAAACAUCAACGUGGUGCUGGCGUGGCUGCUGGGCUCCCUCAGCGCCGCGGCUGCCUGCCUCGCGGUGCUCGUCUACGCCGCCCUCACGCUGCACUUCAGCCGCGACGAGCUCGCCUACAUCCACUCCAGCAUGGACAUCUUUGUCUUCAACGAGUACACGGCACACGACCAGCUGGCGCGUGGCGCCAACGCGGCCCUGCUGGUGACGGCGCUGCUGAGCAUGGGCUUCUGUGGCUACGCGGCGUGGUUCGCCAUUCGCUGCCUGCGCCACUCCUGGGCGCCACCACACGGGGUCUGCUGCUCCUGCCUGGAGGUCGAGCUGGAGCUGGAGCGGUGA